AUUGCCCCAAAGUAGCAAUUUCAAACACAGCCUUUCUGGCUUGGCAUCUGAGCUGUGGAUCGACGACAAUAACCAACCCAACCUUGCUCGAUCUAUUAAUGGCCGCCGAUCUCACUCGGUAUCGCAUCAUGAUCAAAACUCCUUAAUUCCUUCCCCUAUAAAUCUUCCCAGCCACAACAAAUCUCUCCAUUCUUGAAAACCAAAAGGGCAUGCAACAAAAGAAAGCGAACGAUCGCCAUGUUUCUCUGUCCUCGUUCUUCUGCAGCAAACCAGAAGAAUCCAUUACUCCAUUUCUCAUUUACCAUCGUCACACUCGCCUUCUUGAUCUUCUUCUUCUUCACGAAACCAACUUUCUGUUUGACAGAAAGAAGCCUGGAGGCGUAUUCCUCCAUACCUGCUGCCAAGUUCCAGCUGAAAAACUUCGGGAGUUCCCUCCUCGCAUGCUCUAUUAUUGAUCCUUACCUCAGAAUAGAUGUCAGCAUCGAGGGGCCUCUCAGAGACGAAGAGAACAUCACAGUCACCGUCAGUGGCGUUUUGGUUCCCUCCGAUCUGAUGUGGGUUGGCCUCGUUUCUCCUCCCGACGUAGACGUUUCUCCUUGUCCUCUCAAUGCUUUCAUGUAUGAGCAAACAGGAGACCUUAGCAGCCUCCCACUUCUCUGUCAUUAUCCCGUCAAGGCACAGUAUCUAAGCAAAGACCCUUCGUUUUUAAACUGCGAGAAGGAAGUAUGUCAAAGGAGUCUAGGGGAGGCCUGCGCGUUGAAGACAUGCAAUGCUUCGAUAACGUUUCAUGUGGUGAACAUAAGGACGGACAUCGGCUUCGUGCUCUUCCAUGGUGGUUUCGACGCCCCCUGCGUCCUCAAGAGGUCCAACACCCUGCGCUUCGACAACCCACUCAUGCCUCUCUACCCCCAUCUCUCCUCCCUCGAUUCCACAUCCACCUCGAUGAGGGUGACUUGGGUUAGCGGUGAUGACACGCCCCAACAGGUGAAGUACGGGAAUGGAAUGUCUGCAACAUCAACGGUUACCACAUUCACCAAAGACGACCUAUGCAGUGGUAAUCUUCAGAGCCCAGCCAAGGGCUUUGGGUGGCACGAUCCCGGUUAUAUUCACUCAGCAGUGAUGACAGGACUGGAGCCGCUCCACAGCUACUCGUAUAGAUAUGGAAGCAACUCUGCUGGGUGGAGCACAGAGACAGAAUUCCACACUCCACCUGCUGGAGGUUCUAAUCAUGAUCUUGUAUUCAUUGCAUUUGGUGAUAUGGGAAGAGCUCCACUGGAUCUCUCUGUUGAGCACUAUAUGCAGGCAGGGUCUCUCUCAGUAGUGGCAACCAUAGCAGAUGAAAUUGCGUCAGGAAGGGUAGACUCAGUAUUUCACAUUGGAGAUAUCAGCUAUGCUACUGGUUUCCUAGUAGUAUGGGACUACUUCCUGCAGUUGAUCACGCCAAUAGCCUCUCAUGUCCCAUACAUGACAGCAAUUGGAAACCAUGAAAAGGACUACGUGAACUCUAACUCCGUGUACAUAACUCCUGACUCGGGGGGAGAGUGUGGAGUUGCAUAUGAAACUUACUUCCAGAUGCCAAUGACUAAAAAGGAUGAACCAUGGUACUCAAUUGAGCAAGCAGGGGUUCAUUUCACUGUCAUUUCCACAGAGCAUAGCUGGAUUCAAGGCAGUGAUCAGUAUAAAUGGAUCAAAAAAGACUUGGCUUCCGUGAAUCGGACAAGGACACCAUGGCUAAUACUUACAGGACAUAGGCCAAUGUACUCUUCUGCUGCACCUGCGGUCAUUCCUAGUGUUGAUUAUCUGUUUACUGCAGCUGUGGAGACACUUCUCAUGCAGUACCAGGUUGAUCUAGUGCUCUUUGGCCAUGUCCACAGCUAUGAAAGAACAUGUGCAUUAUAUGAAGAUGUCUGUGUGGCCAUGCCAAGCAAAGAUAGCAACGGAGUUGACACCUAUGAUCAGUCCAAUUAUACUGCUCCUGUUCAUGCUAUAAUAGGAAUGGCAGGGUUCACCCUCAGUAACUUCUCAGACGAUCCUCCAAUCUGGAGUUUGGUGAGGAUUUCCGAAUUUGGAUACGUGAGGUUCAAUGCCACAAGGAAGCAGCUUAAAGCAGAGUUUGUGAACUCGAGUACAAGGAUCGUGAGGGACAGCUUCAAGUUAAUAAAGAAUUAAAAGGCAACUGGAUUCCUGCAAAAAGAUUUUGGUGUAACUUACAUCGAUCUGCAAAAAGAAAAAUAAUAGAACCAGAAUUUCUUGUACAUAAAUACAUAGAAAUGUGUUUGUGUGUGUGUGUGCGCGCGCGCACGUGUGUGUGAAUGAAGUAAAGUUAAGCCUCCCUAGAUAG